AUGCCACAAGAAGGCGAGUCGGACGCCGGAUCUCGGAAGGUUCCUGGCCCAAAAGCCAAUGUGUCAACAUGCGUGCAAAAGGAAAUUAAAAAGGUUCAGGAUAAAGGCACAACUUGGCUAGCGAGAUUGCUAGGAAGGUUAGAUGCGGGCAAGAAAGUCGACAAAAAUCUACAAGAAGAUUCGGUGACAACGGAUGCCACAAUAAAUAGAAGAAACCGCACACAAGGAGUCUGUCAACCUAAAAGAAGAACACUAACUUAUAGAGAGUUACUCUUCACCGAUCUCUCGGACAUUUCGAGAAUGAUCAAGAAGUCGAACUUCUGCCGCAUGGAGGUGGGGGAGGACACAUGGCAGGAAUACAAGGAGUUCAUGUAUGCAAACUACCGUAGCAAACUUAACAAGGUCAAACGGCUCAUCGAAAUCCAUCCUGCGGCUGUGCGAACCUCCAAAAUGUCCGACCUUUGGAACAAUCUUACCCCUCUCUCCGAGGGAGUGUGCAAAGACAUCACACAAAAGGAUUUUGGCAAAAUCCUUCUUAAGCUUCGUAUGGAAGAGUCACCAGGACUCAACUCACUUUUGGAAGUAGAAGAAUCACAUAAACCACUUAAAGGAGUACGUGUGUCAGGAUGUCUACACCUUACCGGAGAGGUCGGGUGCCUCAUCAGAACGCUCAACAGACUGGGUGCCACCGUCAGAUGGGCCUCUUCAAACCCUUUCUCAGCUCAUGAUGGUAUAUGUGCCGCACUCAAAGCGUACCACAGCGAUGAAACCACAAUCUUCGCAUGGAAAGGUGAGACUGUUGAGGAGUACUGGUGGUGUGUGUACCAGUCUAUGUGCUGGCCGGAUGCCGAUGGGCCUGACCUUAUUGUCGACGAUGGAUGCGGUGCGUACUCAAUGAUCAAGUAUGGUGUGGAGCUUGAGAGAAAGCACGCCAAAGAUGGGAGCCUUCUCGACCCCAAGGAUUUCGAUGAACAAAACCGUGAUAUCCAAUGCCUUGUGUCAUUCCUCAACACUCUCGUAACUAAACGCGGUUACUUCUGGGAGAAAUUGGCAUCGAAAGUUAUUGGGCUCUCCGAGGAAACAACCAGUGGUGUCACGCAAUUCCGCAAAUUCUGGAGGGCUGGUGGUCUCCUAUUCCCUGUCAUGAGUACUAACGAUUGUGUAACCAAACAGAAAUACGACAACAUCUACGGUUGCCGUCACUCAGGUAUCCACGGCCUCUUCAACGGAGGUGAUGGUUUCCUCAUUGGUGGAAAGACCGUUGUAGUAAUUGGUUACGGAAAUGUAGGUAAGGGUGUGGCUCAAGGUUUCAGGGGACAAGGAGCCAAAGUCAAAAUUACAGAAAUUGACCCUAUCUGUGCUCUUCAGGCUGCCAUGGAAGGAUUUGAUGUCGUGCUUAUGGAAGAUGUCGUAGAAACUGCUGAUAUGUUCAUCUCAUGUACUGGUGGUAUCGACACUAUCACUGUAGAACACAUGAAGCGUAUGAAGAACAAUGCUAUCCUAGGUAACAUCGGACAGGGUGACCAGGAGAUCCAGAUGGCAGAGCUACACAAAGUACCAGGGCUGGAAAUUACAAACAUCAAACCUGGCGCUGAUUAUUUCAAAUUCCCUGACACUGGAAAGGGUGUUAUUAUCCUUGCUUAUGGCAGAUUGUACAACCUAGGAUGUGCUAAUGGUCAUCCAGCAUUUGUCAUGUCUGCAUCUUUCACCGACCAAGCACUAUGCCUAUUGGAAUUGUGGAAGAACAGGAACACUGACAAAUAUGGCAAAUGCAUUAACAGACUUCCCAAGACACUUGACGAAACCGUCGCCAGGUAUCACCUAAAGGCUCUUAACGUUAAACUCACGAUACCUACCCAAAGACAAUGUGAAUUCCUGGGAAUCAAACCAGAAGGGCCUUUCAAAGAGGACGAAUAUCACUACUGA